AGUGCAAUAUUUUUCCUCCCCAUCACUUCCAUUCUAAGUGCAUCAUGAAGAGAUCUUCUAAUGGUUCCCACUCUCUGGUGUUCUUGUCUACAGGACGUGUUAGGACUGGAGAUACUCACUCAUCUGAGCAACUAACUGUAUUUGAUGGAGCCCCAAUCUCUCACUGUGACAGCCUGACCAAGAAAGACGAGUUCAAACAAACCCUGCAAUCCAAACAUUUACCCCCACGCUGUGAUAAUGCAAUUGCUGAUAUUUUAGAUACACUCUAUGACAUUCCAAAAUACAUCAACAGCUCAGUGUAUAUUGUGCAACGGCGGCGUGGCUGCAUCCAGUCAACCAAUGAGACUGUCUCUGCUUUUGAUACCUGGGCAGUGAAUGGGAUCGACUUCAUAAGCUUUGACCCUGAAUCCCAGAGGUGGACAUCCCAGUCUCCCUCCGCAAAAACUGUUGAACAUCUCUGGAACAAUGACAGAGCAAGGAAUGCAGUCUUUAGAGGCUUCAUCAGAUCCCAAUGUCCACAAAUGAUCCAGAGGAUCAAAUUAAGACCAAUAAAGCAAAAUACAGAACUGCGUGUUUUUGCAAAGUCCACUGCUAACACAGACCAGGUACAACUAAGAUGUCAUGUGACAAGUACUGACAAAUCAGUGAGCUCAGUGCAUCUGAUUGGAAACGGGGCUCCCAGGGCCAGUUGGAUCACAGUGACUGGACCAUUGCCUUCUGGAGAUGGAUCAGUGAUCAUCAGACUGACAGCUGGGAUCUCACUGAGCCGAAACACCAACACCUACGGCUGCACAGUACAAACUGGAGGUGACAGCAUCACUGUCUUUUGGGAUGGGAGUACCCUUGAUGGCAGACACCUUGUUUAUGACUUACACAAAUGGGAUAUUCUUAUUGCAAUAACUGGAUUCUGCUCUGUGGUUACUGUGAUCACUCUGAUUUCUUGUGGAAUGAUAUUUCUGCUUAAAUGUGUCAAGAAGAAGUCACGCCCUCCACCAACAGUUGAUCCACAGCUGACUGUGCAGUAUACCAGGAUAAUGGGGGGUGUUACCUCUUCAGAUCUGCAGGUUGUGAUAGCUGCAAACAUACAGGGUACGGAGAGAAACAGAGAAUACCAGGACCGGUGGGAAGUGUGGAUUACAUCUAGGGAUCAAAAUUACUAUGAUCCUGAAUACUUUGCCAAUCGAGUUUAA